AUGUUUGCCGCGAAAGUUGUUUGGCCCUCUGCUCCUCUCACAGACUCUCUCGUCCGGCACGCUUUACUCAGAGUGUUACCAGAUAUUCAGAUCAGCGAUGCGAAUUUAUCUUCAGAUUCGCGCUCCGUACAAUGGUCCUCCUACGAUGAAAUCGAUCAUGUACUGGUCAACCUGCAACGGGAUACCGUGUUGUCUUCCUCAUAUACAUUUCGAAAAUGUUUAAUCCGCAAACAUUUUUUAUCACGCUCCAUCUUCACCUAUCUGACCAAGAAUCCCGAUUCACUCCUCAGAAAUGCUUGGCCUCGCACCUUCGAGAUUGAAAUCUCAUUUGUCGAUGAACUCGAUGAGAUAUUCGCUGACGAGCUCUGGGAGCUUGCAGAUGAGCUACAGAACUCGAAAACGUGGUGGAUACUCAAGCCGUUGAGUCAAAUCUAUAAUGCAGUUGUACCGCUAUUCACACCGACAACAGUGGCAUGGCCGAUCGUGGCAAUGGGAUCAGGCUGUUUUACGACCGGGCUUCAUUGGAGAACAUAUUCCAGGAGUUUGAGGCAAAUGACACAGAAGACGAAACGAACAGUGAAACGGAAAGCGCCGACGAUACGGGUGUCGUCACAUCACAACUACGCCAUUUUGUGA